CCGAGGGGGGGUUUGUUGGGGGGGGCUCCGGCGUGACGGCGGUCGCCGUUGUCUGUGCCAGUAAUAUUCUCUCCCUCGGCCGAACUAAGUUGCCGCAAUGGGGACUUCGUGGAGAGACGCAUACUAUGAAAUGGACCAUCUGCCUCCUCUCCUCGAGGAUGAGGAGAAUGUGUCUCUGGCAGACAUCCUGACUUUGCGAGAUCGCUGUCUGUCUGAGGAGGACGUGUGGGCAGUAUGUGCAGAGUGUGUCCUGGCCCUGCAGAGCAUUCGACCCUCCCACCUCUUCCACACCUUGUGCAUCACCCCAGACACACUGGCCUUCAACGCACAUGGGAAUGUUUGCUUUAUGGAGCAGCUCAGUGAUGAUCCUGAGGGUUCAUUUGUGCCUCCUGAGUUUGACAACACAGGCAGCACAUUUGAGGGCCAUGUUUUUUCUCUGGGCUCAACUCUGUCUGCGGCACUGAAUUUUGUGAUCGAACCAGAAUUGGAGGCUGAGCUGGGGGAAGACACUCAAAAGCUGUUGGAGAAAAUGCAGGAGAAGAAACCAGAGGAUAGACCGCUCAUACAGGACAUCCUCUAUCAGGCUCAAGCACGGCUGCCCCACACCUCUUCUGCAGCUAUAUGCCGUAAAUUGUCUUCUGUUGGACGGCGUGUGCUUUCCAUUGAAUCAAUAUCAAAUUUCCAAGAUGGACAAGAGAGCUAUGAGGCAGUAUGGCAAUGUCCAAAAUCCAAAAGACCGAAUUUGUAUGAUAUUAAUAAAGACCUCUCUGUGAACACUUCUAUGAAGGCAAAUGGUCUAUCCAGACAUCAGAUUGUGCUGCAGGUUUACCAAAUGAAGUGCAUGCAUGUGUGUGUGGGCUGGGACUCCUCCCUCUGGGCUGAUGAUGGUGAUAAUGCAGACAGAUGCUGCAUGGGCUUAGCAGAUGAGCUGGACUGCCGUUCUCACAACAGCUCCCCAGUGAGGAUGAAAACCCAGCAGAGAUUCAACAGGGGGAAGGGGGCGCUGAAUCGCUCGUGCUCUGUCCCCGACUCUAAUAACCCACCUUAUCCUACCACACCUCAUGGAAAUAUCAGCAUACCUGUAUCAGACCUUACUGAGAUUGGAUCAGAUGAACAUUUGUGUUCCAAAUCUGUGUGGCGCAACAGAUCCAAAAGACUCACCCGAGGAAGAUCCUGUGAGUCGUGUCCACGUAGUAGUGCAGAUGAUUGUGUGAGCUCAGUUGCUGACCAUUCAAUAUCAAGAAGAAAAAAGGAAGAUGCUGUCAAGUCUUCAUGCUACGAAGAAACCAAUUUUCAAGACUGUCAUGAAAAGACGAUUAAGGAAGAGAGUCAAAAUGUAGUCUCGUCCUGCACAUCUUCCUCCUGCAACCCGAUAGACAUGGAAUAUGAAACCUUUGGGGCCCAAAUAUCAAAGACCCACAAGCUCUACUUCCCAAAGAAGUACACGACCAAAAGCUUGCUUUUCCUCAAUGAAGAAUCUCAGGAUGAGUGGAUCUCACUAAGAGAGUUACUUGCUCAUUGUGCACUGGGGCUGACAGUGAAUGAGCUGUGGGCUCUCUGUUACACCUGCCUGUCGUCCCUGCAGAACUAUAUUGACUUUCCAGCUUGCUUAUCCCUGGAUACUGUGUACAUUAGCUGCCAAGGAGAGAUGAUUUUCUUGACUCCUAAAAACUUUGGAUCUCAGGAUAUAUUUUGUCUUGCCCCUGAAUAUCAAGAACAUGGAAUUGUAACUGAGAAGGCUUGUAUUUAUGGGAUUGCUGCUAUCCUGUGGACAACGGCAAAGUUCACUUUGUUGCCUAGUCAGAAGCUUGUAAUGCCUCACAAACUGAAGCGACUUCUGCUUGAGAUGGCAAAGAACACACCCAUUGAGAGACCUUCAAUUGCCAUGGCUAAACAGAGCUGUUGUGACUACUUAACACGUCAAGGGACAAAUCCUGAGAAUGUGUGGAACCAGCUCAUCAGCAGGCUUCAUGCGCCAGUCUCAAGAUCCACUAAUGGAGAAGAUUCGAGUGCAGAUGACACAAACCAAAGUUCGAGUACAGAUAUUCCUCAUAUGAGCAGUGGCAGCACGGUGGGCAAACUGGUUUGGACAUCUGCAUCACAGUUCUGCUAUUCAAGCAACAGCGGACUCCAGCACCCAGAGACCUUCAGUUCCACAACCACACUCUUCAUCCCCAUCCUAUUGACCAAUGAAGGGGAAGAGAGCCAAAACAAUGGAACUAUUUACUUGCGCAUGCACACGUCCUUUGGUGAGCACAUCUGCCUCACAGCUCCAAGGACCGGGGUUCAAAUCCUGGCCCCGCCUGUGUGGAGUUUGGAUGUUCUCCCCGUGCCUGGGUGGGUUUUCUCCGGUUUCCUCCCACAUCCCAAAAACAUGCGUGACAUGGACGGUACAGACUCAGGGCUCAUUGAGGAAGGAGACCACUUGGCUGGUGAUGAAAGCCCCUCCACUGAGUGCCAUUCUGAGGGAAAGAAAAGGUUGCCUGAUAUUUGUGAUGAACGACUGAGUCCUAAUUGCUCAAAGGAGAUGGAGGACAGUGAUUCUCUGGUUUCAGAGCAACUCAUCCCACCGGGAUCCAGAGCAGAUGCCCCCAACCUGUACUUCAGGCCGGCAUGGACCUGGGCUUUGGCUUUCUUUGGCGAGGACGGUUUUAGCCCAGAGGUGAUCCAGUAUGCCUUGAGUCUUGGCCAAUACACAGGAUCACCAUGUCUGGAUGUGAAAACACAGGAGCUGCAGCAGCAGCUGCUCAUUGAAACAAGGAAUCUUAAGAAAACAAGAAAUUUCUACCAGAAACUAAUUCAGCAAGAGAGAGAAAAUCAAGUUCCCAAAGGAUUUGAGAACAAAGGGAUACUGUCCAAACUCAAGACCCAGCUUGAAGAACUGAGAUCCAAAGUGAUCUUCUUGGAUUAUGUCAAGAAGUCCCUUGAGAGACAGAGUGUGGAUCAGUGGGGUUUGGACAUGGCAUUAUUGACCUCUUUUGCUACUUGUGGGCUGAACGCUCUAGCUAUCCAAAACUCUGUGGAUGCAUCAAUCUUGAGUUUUGCAACUUGCAAAGGAAAAAUUAAUCUGCAAGCAGGGACUCGUCUUGGUCUCAUGGCUUACCUUUAUGCAAGAAAUGCUGCUUCGGAAGGGUACAUCCAGCAGUUCCUGUAUACGUAUCGCUUUUUCUGCAAUUCUGAGCAGUUACUGCAGUUUAUUAUGGAGACAUUCAUCAGUGCAGUGAGAAAAGGUCCAGACAUAUCUGAAAAUAGUGCGAACAUCUUUCAUCGCAGUUUUGACUUGUUGCACAUGUGGAUUAUGGAUUGUAAAAUGGUAGACUUCACACCAAAGUCCAACAUUGUGGCUGUUUUAGAAAACUUUCUUCAUACUGUGGUAAUUCCUGUGGAUAGUCGAGGGCAUGUCCUUCUCGCCACUCUCCAAAAUCCUCCAAGUACAAUGUGGAGCACAAGGAGAGGGAGUCAUAUCGGAUGUGAGGCAGAAUCUUAUUGUGUUCGAUCGUCUACCGAGGAUCAUGUGAGAAAGUGGAGGAUCUCAAAAACGGUGGAGCGUUCAGCAUCCAUGCCAAAAGAGAAGGACUUCUCCAUUGCUGCAGUUCUGCCCGUACCUUACUACAACUCCCUGGUGGACAAACCUUGCAGCAGUGAUGACUAACUCCCCUCCAGCCAGAAAAAUUACAUUGCUCAGCAUGUAGCCCAGCAACUCACCCUUUUGCAGCAGGACAUUUUUCACGGAUAUCAUCCGGUCCAUUUCCUCAAUUCCAGAAUACAAGGCUUCAGAGACAAGCCGUCAAGGAACAACAACACCUCAAGUACUGGGUCCCGUCAAAUCCCACCAGUAGAGGGCAGCAGCUUUCCACAUGAGGGGACACCAUCAGAGUCCUACCUCCAGCAGCUGCUUGCUUACUCUGACAGCGUUAUGAAAUGGAUCUUUGGUGAAAUAGUCAUCUGUGACUCAAUCAAGGAACAAGUUUCCUUGCUGACCAAGUAUCUAUGGAUUAGGAAGCAUUGCUACGAAUCUCGGAAUUUUGCUACAGCAAUGGAGGUCCUCGGAGGUCUGGACAACGUGACUGUCAGACAAUUACCGACUUGGAAACAUCUGUCUUCCAAGAUGCUUGAGAUCCUGGACGAGCUACGAGCUGUGCAGGUGUUUCUGAAGAGUGACGACAUGUGCCUGAUUGCGGGAGAACACAAGAAGAGAAGACCCGCCCUGCCGUCAGCACACAUCUUGGCCAUGCAUGUUCAACAGCUGGAAAUCGGAGCCUUCACAGUCACGAGCGGAGCUUUCAAUUGGACCAAACUUAGCCUCUUGCCCAAAGUCAGCUGGGAUAUGCUCCAUCUCACCCAUGACCUGACCAGGAGAAGGGGUAGAAACUGGAUGGAUGGAUGGAUGGAUGGAUGGACGGAUAGAUGGACAUUCCUUGAUAAUUCCUUGAUGAUUCCUUCCUCGUUUCCAAUUUUUCUUCAGAAGUUAAGAUGGCGCCCGUGGGAGGUGGGUUUGAUUGGAAAAGAGGUUGCUGCCCAGAUGCUCUGCAGCCGCUGGGCUGAUUGCAAGGUGGUGAGUCAGGUACAUGCCUUCUAAGAGGUCAUAUUCGCCUACAGCCCAAACCAGGACAUGCAGGCCUACCUUCGCCGCCGCAUCACCAAGCUCGGCAAUUCCGAAAUUCACCUCCCGGCUGCUGCCAAUGAUGCUGACUCCAAGCGCUCCACUGAGCGUCAAACAAGGCGGGUUCAGGACACCCUGAAAGAGGUGAAGGCCUCCCUCCAGUGAGUCCUGCCCUGGCCCCAGUCUCGGGGCCCCAGUUAGCGACCCUUAACUGAACCACCACAGUGGGUUCUCUUGGUUAUCGUGGCAGCCGAAUGUGAGCGUUCUCUUUUACUUUUCUAAGCCAAACAUUCUGCUAUAUCAAAUAAGACAGCCAGCGAGACUUUAUUCAUAACUCAUAGCCUUCAGAGUAUAUUGAGCCAGGUGUUUAUUACACCUAAAUAAAAGUCAUAUCAUGCAUUUUUAUUUGUGAUUCAAAUUCGCCUUUGAACGAGAGCCGAGAAUUGUUAAGAACGUCAAUUCUGUGGGUUGCGAUCCAAUUCUAUUUUGAUUCAAUAUUGAUUGAAAUGCUUUGAUGUUGAUUCAAUAAGGGUAGAAAUUCACAAAUAGCGUACCUGUUGGAAUUUAAAUAUUUAUUUUCAUGUCCAUGUGAGCGUCGUAUGUCACCUGACAUUUUUUAGCAAAACAAUUGUGCACAAAAAAAAUAAAUUGUGCACAAUUAUAAUGUAUUUGUGCAUAUGGAGUACACAGGUAAAAAACAUGACAGUUUUGUAUGAACACUGAAAAGGUAAAGUGCAUGUUUGUUACAUCUUGGAAAUUGUUAUAAACCUCACAUAAUGUUUGUUUUUAAACAAAAUCACUUCUGUUAGUUGAUAUUUUAAUUGAUAUUUUUCCCAAAGAAGUUGCUAUCAAAGGGGCCUUUUCUGGACACAGGUAUGAAAAAAAACAAGGUGUUUUUUUAAAAAAAAAUGAAAUUGACACUUUUAUACUAAGUCCAUGUUAGAGAGUCACUCUAUAGAAGUCUACAUAGCCAAAAUAUGGGACCUUUAAGGUUGUUUAGCUGCAUAGAUGGCAAAUCUUAUUGAAGGCCUUACUAGUACAGAGCAAGACUAAAGUGGAUGUCAGUUCGAGUAAUUAAAGCCUAGAUUUACUCUCUCCAGCGGACACGCACCUCAGUGUUGAAACACACGGUGAAGAUUGAAUGGGGCUUGUCUUGAGGAUUUGAUUAAGAUGGAUUUGAAAUAGACAAAUUACAUUUUGUCCUUCUCUCUCGCCAAAUCGUGUUUAUUUUUCCAGGCACAGCCUUCAUUGCAAAGUUGUGCAUCAGGUUAUGCUCUCUGUAUUCCGGAUGGCGGGAGUCGCUCUGGCUCUUGUAGUGUGUGCUGUUUUAAAGAAUUGCUGUCUUUUUGCACUUGAUGACUUCAUGUAUUGUUUUUAUUGUAUUAAAAAUUGUGCCAUAUCAAAAAGUCUUAACAAAAAAUGAGUAUUGUGUUUGGAUGUAUUUUACUUCCACAAUGGAGCGACGUGUCUUGCUUUCCUGCUAUUGUGUUAGUAAUACACAACACAACAACCAUGUACUGAUGUUUAACUUUUGUCUAUAACCAAUGAAACAGAUGUACUGUAUUUAAGAGCAGUCUUUUUAAUGACACUGAAUUUCUUAAACAUUUUCUAUGACCCAAGUGUAUUAAUGUGUGUGUGUGUGUGUGAGAGAGAGUGUGUGUGUGUGUGUGUGUGUUAGUAAAAAGUACCAAUGCUGUAU